GCUAAAAAUCGUGGCUGGCUCGCUCGGCUUAAUUACCCACCGAGCCAGGUAGAUCUAAAACAUGUUUCGCAUCGCGUCUUCCUCGGUUGUCCUUUUUCCUUCAAAGUUGAUCGCCAGAAGUCAGCAAGAUCGGAUCUACAUCAAAGCUCGGCAGUGCAGGGCCUCGAUCCUCGAUAUUCAUUACUAUGGCGACGCAAGCCGUUCGCUUCGAAUUCCACUGUAUGGAGACUGACGGAAAGCUACGGGUUGUCCACGAAAUCCCACGUAGUCUCCUCAACGUCGAUGCUCGAUUGGCACAAUCCGAUGCCGAAUACCAACAGCGUUUUGCGGACGCACUGCGGCCCAUCUUUAAGGAGCACGAACCGGCCUGUAAGGCGAUGUCGGGCCCCUCUUGUGCAAACUGUGGGUCGCCUACGGUAAAAGCGUUGCAGACGACCCAGUCCUGGCUUCACCGACCGGGUGAUCCUAUGGUCCUCGUCUGGGUUUAUCCAGCGUGUGGAGAGGAGCAUUGCAGAACUCAGAUACUGCAAGCAUCGCUAGAGGUCACAGCUGAAGCCAACGAAGAGCGCGAGAGGCGAAAUCUACCGGGACCCACCACUUCUUACAAAGUUGCACACUGUAACGUAUGUCGGAAGACGGAAGGGGCGAAGUGGUGUUCGCGGUGCUCGGCCGUGGCUUAUUGUGGGAAAGACCACCAGAAGGCGGAUUGGAAGACACACAAGAAGGACUGCGCCGCCAGGGCGAAUGUCGACAGCGAAUCUACUAGGAUAGCUGCGACCUCGAACGACCCCGUAGUCGCAGGAGACCCGGUCGUGGAAGGAUACCAGACCCCGUUGGACAAUAUCACAGAUCUCAACCCGGAGGUGUCUAUCACACAUAGCGGCGUGUUCAAUGUCUCGGCCCCUGGCGAGCCGGAACGAUACGUGGAGCUGAGUCGCGAGGAAGUAUUGGCGCAGUUACUAGGUAGUGGGCGGGGAUAAUAGGCAACAGAAAGAAGCUAC